CGCAUCAAUGGCGACGCCCUCCAUCAGCGCCAAAAAAAGGAAGAAGGUGACCGAAACCGCAGAGAAGGAUCCGAACCACAAGGAGGAGGAGGAGGAGGAGGAGGAGGAGGAGAGUGAGGAGGUAUCUAGAGAUUCCGAGGAAGAAGAAGAAGAGGAGGAGGAGGAGGAGGAGGAGGAGAGUGAGGAGGUAUCCAAAGAUUACACGGCAUCGAAUGGAAGCCGAAUUCUUGUUGAAAUUGAGUCUGAUGUCCUCAACUGCCCCAUUUGUUUUGGGGCUUUAUUGCCUCCUAUACAUCAGUGCUCAAAUGGUCAUGUGGUGUGUUCAGCAUGCUGUGUUCGUCUUACUGGCAAAUGUGCAUUCUGUUCUCAAUUCAUGGGUCUCAUACGCUGUCUGGCGCUUGAAAAAGUACUUGAAUCAAUAAAAUUAAAGUGCCGAAAUGCCAACUAUGGAUGUUGGGCAAUGCCAUCCUAUUUACACAAAGAAGAACACCAUGAAUCAUGCAUAUACACACCAUGCUCCUGCCCCGUGCCAUCUUGCUCAUUCCAAUGCUCCAUGAAUAAUCUAUCCCAGCAUUUCACCGAUAACCAUAAGAAUUCUGCAGUUGAAUUCAGUUACAGACGCCAUUUCAGUGUUCCUAUUCCUGAUGAGGAAUUUCUGAUUCUAAUCUCUCAAGAAAAAAGUCUGUUUCUACUGUUGGUUAAUUGUGAUGUAGUUGCAGGGAAGACACUCUCAAUUAUUUGCAUUUGUCCGGCUACUGAAGAUAAUAAAUUCAUGUAUGAGCUUUCAGUUGAAGCGCAUCCGACUCAUCUUAAGCUGAAAUCAUCUGGAGAGAAAUGACUUAUGAAUGGAAGGGUGUUUAUCCUAAAAUUGUUCUCUUUGUUCCUGACGGUUUAUGUUCUGGCAAGACCAAUGUCGAUUUGUUUAUACAGAAAGUCAAACGAUUUCGAAGCUAGGUGAUUGACUACUGAAUUGCAGAGAAGCUGAGCUGAAACACUGUGGAUGAUUCUGUGUUUUUGCUGUGUUUUGUUAAUUAAAUAUAUAUAUAUAUAUAUAUAUAUAUAUAUAGGUUGUUUAGUUGAGUAUUAAGUGUCUGAAUGGUUGUAUAAACUUGUUUGUUAGUUUAGUUCGUUGAAGUCUGGAGGGAAAGCAGGUGGAUGGAUUAAAGAAGAAAUGAACGGCAGAGAUAAGUUCAUCAGAUCAUGACUCAGCAUCGGUUGGUUUAAAAGCUUUGAACAGUGUAUUUUCAGAAAUUAAUUAUGAAUGAAUAACUGAUUUUUGUGCUUUCCCUUUCA